CGUUGUACAGAAAGGAUGUGAGGACAAAGUCACACGGCUGACAUUGCGUAGACAGAGCUAUGGAUAGAGAGGACAGAGAGGUGAUAGCUCCGUACUUCACGGGGAAGAACAAGGCACUGAAGCUGACUGAAGUGUUGGAAAUACUGGAGAACCCUGAUGACACAAGGGCUUUAGUAACACCCCCUGCUAAACCCCAUGGAGGAGACGGGUACUUGUACAGGGUGGAGGCAGACUCGGCGGAAGACUCCUGGAAAAAUGACAACUACUACUUCAAGCAUAAUGGUUCUCGUGAACAGCCUAAACCUGCACCCAAGGUUCUCAAGCAGUACUUCGUGGCUUAUAAAAGUGAUGGCAGCACCACCAAGGCUUUUAAACGACAGGCAUACAACUUGCUCGAGGGAGACGUGAACUAUAUGUUAGUACACUACAUUGGGAAAUGCACAGUAGCAUUAUCCGAUCCAAAAUAUGAGAAGCGUUUGAAUACAUCCCUCCACCAUGAAUCCCAGAUAGUGAACAGUAACGCGAGAAUAGCUGGUUCUGGAGAUGAAGAUGGUGGAGAUUGGGAGACCAGGGAUAUGGAAUGUGAUCAUGAUCGUGCAAAUACUAACUCUCCUACUUUCCUGGCUUCCUUAGAUGAAGUUAGCUCAAGGAAAAGGACACAUGACCCUGAUAUGGUAAAUCGUGUGAAAACUCCUAAACGUUCAGAAAACGAACGAGUAAUAGAAAACAAUUUGAUGGACAUAACCACCGAAUGUGUUAGUCAUCAACAUGAUGAAAGAGCGACCAACCUCAAGUCACUCACCGAAUAUUUGCUGAACAAACGUACUCAUAUCGUUAUCGCAAGACGUGUGUUGAAGCAGACAAAAUACUGGGAGAAAAGCACCAGCUUUUCUACCUUUGACAGUCCAUGUUUAUCAUUAAUCGCUGACGUCGAAUGUAAAUGGAGAAAUGACCUUACAGAAGUUAGUGGCAGGUUGAAUUGGUCACGACUUAGCCCGGAUGUUCUCGGCGAAGACCAGUGCAAGGAUACGUAUCACAGACUGGUAUCUGCUGUCAUAGUAGGUGCAUAUCACAUGAAGACGGACAUCACAGAGUUUGUUGACACCCUCUAUAUGUACCCAUCACAUGUGAUGGGUGACAACGCCAUAACAGAUGACGACGAUGGGACGGAUCCUCAGAUGUGCAAGGUGGGGCCCCACAACAUACAGAGGAAUCAUCUCCUCGAUCAAACAGCAUGGCUUGGCGAUGAGGUGAUGAAUGCAUACAUGCAUGUCCUGAAGACCACGUAGAAUAGGAACCACAGCCUCCACUGCGCUGUACUUGAUUCCUUCUUUGUCAACCAUUGGGAGAAAGACGAGUAUGACGUGCACCCCUGCAAGGAGGAACUUGGAACUUACACGUGGAUCCUGAUGCCAGUGAACAUGCCACUGAAUCAACACUGGGUGCUUCUGGUCGCCAAUGUCCAGGAUGGAACAGUGGGCGUGGUCAACUCUAAGCCUGUCCUUGAUGUAGGGGACAAACUUAUACAACAUUGGAGAAAAUAUACACGCAGUUUGAGGAGAGGUGAUGGGUCAGUGGUCACAUGGACAAAGACAGAAUAUCCAGUACUGAGUCAAAGAGAUGGACAUAGCUGUGGCGUGUUUGUGAAUAUGGCAGCAGAAGCUGUACUAUCGGAGGUGCCUCCCAGUGUCAUGAGAAGCUGCCACACUGUCUGGUACAGGAAGUACAUCUGGCGCAGGUUGCGAGAAUAUGCUGGUGAACAUAUACCGCCUGAUACUGACACACAUAUGCUUGAGUCUCAAUGUGAAAAGCUGACAAAUAAUCCAGCGUCAACGAAUGCCAGAGCGUUUUCGUAUACAAUAGUCAAUACGUCGACCAGCAUAGAUGAUACGAGAUACAGUUUGCAUAAAGCAGCCAGCCUCGGUGAUAUUAGACGCAUGCACUUGUUGAUAGACCAGGGGGAGCCUGUAGCAGGUACCGAUGACCGAGUAUGGACGCCUUUGCACUGUGCCUGUGAAAACGGUCACGUUGAAGCUGUCUCUGAUCUGGUUUCCAGGAGGACGGACGACGUACAAAAUAGAGCUCAACUUACAUUGUACAAUCCUGUCUUGGGAACGGAGUAUAUGUAUCUAGCAGGAGCAUAUCCACUCCACAUUGCUUGUUUAAAUGGACAUGAGAAUGUAGCGCACAUUUUGAUCAAUAGCGAGGCAAAUGUUGACGACAAAAGUGAAAAUGGAACAACAGCUCUUUUUCUUGCUUCUAUUAACGGACAUGAAUCUGUAGCCGCACUUCUGAUCAAGAAUGGUGCAAGUGUUACAGUUGAGGACGAAGACGGAUGGACAGCACUAUAUGUAGCUUGUCAGAAUGGACAUGAAUCUGUAGCCGCACUUCUGAUCAAGAGUGGCGCUAGUGUUACAGCUGAGGACGAGGACGGACAGACGGCACUACAUCUAGCUUGUCGGGAUGGGCAUGAAUCUGUAGCCGCACUUCUGAUCAAGAGUGGCGCUAGUGUUACAGCUGUUAAUAAGAACGGACAGACGGCACUACAUCAUGCUUGUCAGGAUGGGCAUGAAUCUGUAGCCGCACUUCUGAUCAAGAAUGGUGCAAGUGUUACAGUUGAGGACGAGGACGGGUGGACGGCACUAUAUGUAGCUUGUCAGGAUGGACAUGAAUCUGUAGCCGUACUUCUGAUCAAGAAUGGUGCCAGUGUUACAGCGGAGGACAAGCACGGAUGGAAGGUACUACAUCUAGCUUGUCAGAAUGGACAUGAAUCUGUAGCCGCACUUCUGAUCAAGAAUGGUGCAAGUGUUACAGCUGAACACAAAGGCGGAUCACUUCUGAUCCAGAAUGGUGCAAGUGUUACAGUUGAGGGCGAAGACGGAUGGACGGCACUACAUCUAGCUUGUCAGAAUGGACAUGAAUCUGUAGCCGCACUUCUGAUCAAGAGUGACGCAAGUGUUACAGCUGUUAAUAAGAACGGACAGACGGCACUACAUCAAGCUUGUCAGAAUGGACAUGAAUCUGUAGCCGCACUUCUGAUCAAGAAUGGUGCAAGUGUUACAGUUGAGGACGAAGACGGAUGGACAGCACUAUAUGUAGCUUGUAAGAAUGGACAUGAAUCUGUAGCCGCACUUCUGAUCCAGAAUGGUGCAAGUGUUACAGUUGAGGACGAAGACGGAUGGACAGCACUAUAUGUAGCUUGUCAGAAUGGACAUGAAUCUGUAGCCGCACUUCUGAUCAAGAAUGGUGCAAGUGUUACAGCUGAGGAGAAGGACGGAUGGACGGCACUACAUCAAGCUUGUCAGAAUGGACAUGAAUCUGUAGCCGCACUUCUGAUCAAGAAUGGUGCAAGUGUUACAGUUGAGGACGAAGACGGAUGGACAGCACUAUAUGUAGCUUGUCAGAAUGGACAUGAAUCUGUAGCCGCACUUCUGAUCAAGAGUGGCGCUAGUGUUACAGCUGGGGACGAGGACGGAUGGACGGCACUACAUCUAGCUUGUCAGAUUGGGCAUGAAUCUGUAGCCGCACUUCUGGUCAAGAGUGGUGCAAGUGUUACAGCUGAACACAAAGACGGAAGGACGGCAUUACAUCAAGCUUGUCAGAAUGGACAUGAAUCUGUAGCCGCACUUCUGAUCAAGAAUGGUGCAAGUGUUACAGCUGAGGAAAAGGACGGAUUGACGGCACUACAUCUAGCUUGUCAGAAUGGGCAUGAAUCUGUAGCCGCACUUCUGGUCAAGAAUGGUGCAAGUAUUACAGCUGAGGACAAGGACGGAUGGACGGCACUAUAUGUAGCUUGUCAUAAUGGACACGAAUCUGUAGUCGCACUUCUGGUCAAGAAUGGCGCUAGUGUUACAGCUGAGGACGAGGACGGAUGGACGGCACUACAUCUAGCUUGUCAGAAUGGGCAUGGAUCUGUAGCCGCACUUCUGGUCAAGAAUGGUGCAAGUAUUACAGCUGAGGACAAGGACGGAUGGAAUAAAGAGUAAAUAAUAGCUAACUUUAGUACUACUAUUACAGUCUGAAGUACGUGUAACAGAUGUGGCGUCUCCUUGGGCAAGUGACUUUGUUCGAAUUGUCCCUUUUUCCACCCAGUAGUGAGCGGGUACCCGGUAGGAUGAGAUGGCAAUGUGGUUGUUAACCUUCUAGCGCCUAACAGGCAGCUUUGUUUGUAUACUCUCCAUUGAGCUGAGAAUGAUUUUUAGGUGAACACUUUUUCCAAUGUCUAAGCUUAGAGUAUGCUUGUGCAUGGAGAACAGCGCCAUACAAAUAACGUGGAUUUUAUGUCCGCUUUCGGGUUUGAUUUUUAUUUGUUGCAAGGUCACAGGAGUUGCCUACCAUGUCAGUUUUCGCAACUGUCCUUGUUUCAUGGACAGAGGUUCAUAUAAACCAUGAAACGUUUACUCAAAUACAUGUCUAAUUUGUAUUACUGUCCAAUGAUAUUUAAAAUGCUUUGAAUAAUAAAAAGAAAUAUUCAGAGAAUGUUAUUGGUGCCUUUCAGCUAAAUUACAAAAUGUUAUUGAGUUACUUGUGUCUAAUACCUGAACAUGACCUACUUUCAGUUAUGUUAUCAAUGUCAAAUAUUGAGUUAUAGAUUCAGUGCCCAAGGGACGCAACUCUGCACAGCGAAUCGCGGCGCAUCCGUGCCCCCCGAGUUAUAGAUUCAUGAUUGAAAUCAUUCUUAUGGCACCCAAUAAUUGCUUUUAUCCUAUGAGUCAUAACUGGUUUUGUAAAACUCACAAACCAAGUGCAUACCUUUAGAAAAUCAAUACCAUGUUGAACAUU